CAUCAGAUAUGUCUGAUGUAUGUUCACCAGUGAAUUCUAUAGAAUCAGACAUGUUGGCAAGUUGUGGCACCACAGAUGAAAGCCAGAGUCCGACCCAGUGCUUAUGCUCAGAUUCUGGUUCCCAGCUGAGCUUACAAUCAAAAAAGGUCAUAAGUGAAACUCUGGUGGGAAUCCAAAGGAAAUUAUCAGACCAGUCUUUAACUGAAAUCAUCUCACCAGAUAACAGUGAUGCCAUCAGUGACCUCAUCAGUGGCAUCCUAAGGCAGAUCCAGGAAUCACCCAGCCUGGAUGCCAGUGAGCUAAUCUCCUCCAGCUCUUCAGAAAGCAGCUUCAUUUCACUCUCACAUGAUUGUAAAGCUCAGUCUGGUUCUGAGAUCAUGGGGGAUAAAUUAGUAAUGAAGAACAUCCAGCCACACAUUGGUACCAUCAGCAAGGCUCAAAGGAAACCUUCAGAUGUGAAUGGAGAUGUUAUCAACUCUCUGGUUCUAGAGGUUUUGGGAUCUGCUCUGUUUGAAAACCCUUCAGAGAAAACGUCACACCUUGAUGCUCUGAACAGAGACCAGACUGUCAGAUUGGUAAAAUCUUCAGAUAAUACUGCAGGACCAGAGAGACCCUGCCAUCAGAGGCCAAAGUCCUGCCCAUUAUUAAAGAAGGACAGUACUAGUAAUGCUGCAGGGGCUUCUGCCAGCCAAACACCUGAAAACCCAACUGGCAAGAAACAAAAGAAGAAGAAAAGUGUUCGUUCUUUAUUCAUGAUGGCCUGGAAAGUGGUGAAACGGACCUUCACCAGAAGAUCCAACAAGAUAGCUCCAAUCUAAUCGUCCACCAUUUAUUUUACCACCAGCCAAAACUGAGCAAAAUUAUACACUCCUUAGCUAGAUCAUUGCCAGGGACAUGUCUUGGGUCCUCGCUUAGAGAGACCUGAAGAACCACGUUCCACCAUGAAGACUUCAUUGUUGUUAGAUUUUGUCAGCAAGAGGUCACCUUCCUUCUUUGGUAACCAACUUUUAUCUGGCACUACUGUGAUCUGUGCCAUGUUGGUCACUUUUGAUUAUCAUGAAUGGUCAGUCUUGUUCCUUUCUCCACUUUGGUUCUCAGUCAUGAGCUCCAUUAUCGAGAGCUCUGCUCUGAGUUUCCUUUGGUAACAUUUGGUUGAGGUACUUCUGCUGUCCCACAGUCUUACUUGGUACCAUUGGCAGCAUCUGUGGUUCCUGGUCUUUCUGAGUACUUUCUGAUGCUGAAAGGUUAUUUCACUCAACAUGUACCUAUUCAGCAUUGUUCACAUUCUCACCUGUGGAACUGUAGUUCUAAAAGAUUCAUUUACCUUCACAAGGAGCAGAAAAUCUCUCAAACAUCCCAGGAUUGCAGGAUUUCAUGGUGACUAUUCUGCUGAAGAGAGUUUCCUCUGAAGAACAGGAAGAAGACAUCACACCUGCUUCUCUGAAAAACCUCACCAAGUUAUGUCCAGAGUGAUGAUCUAGCUAGGAGUGUUAAUAUGCUCAUAUCUACAAGCCACAUGACCAAGCACACAUCUGUACCAGCUGUGUUUUAUCUUCAGUAUAAAAACAACACAGGACUCGGAGUGCCAGCCAGAGGAGGAUGGAUGCUGCUUAAUUUUCCUGGACACUCUAGGCUUCAUUCUCUGUACAUUUUAACAAAUAAAGAUUCAAAACUGA